GCCAAAAGUGGUCAUGGGGUUAUUUUUAAACUUGGGGAGGAAGUAUUUAUUGUUCCUGGGCUGAGGAAAGCUGGGCAGCCUGUGGGAUUCUUCUGGGGGAGCAGUGCUGUGUCCUUUCCACCAUGUCACCUAAGAAAGCCAAGAAGAGAGCAGAGGGCGCCAAUUCCAACGUGUUCUCCAUGUUUGAACAGAGCCAGAUCCAGGAAUUUAAGGAGGCCUUCACCAUCAUGGACCAGAACAGGGAUGGCUUCAUAGACAAGAACGAUCUGAGGGACACCUUUGCUGCUCUUGGGCGUGUGAAUGUGAAAAAUGAGGAAAUUGAUGAAAUGCUCAAGGAGGCUCCAGGUCCAAUUAACUUUACUGUGUUCCUACAGAUGUUUGGGGAGAAACUUAAGGGGGCAGACCCCGAGGAGACCAUUCUCAACGCGUUCAAAGUGUUUGACCCUGAAGGCAAAGGGGUGCUCAGGGCUGAUUACAUACAGGAGAUGCUGACCACGCAGGCGGAGAGGUUUUCCAAGGAGGAGGUCGACCAGAUGUUUGCCGCCUUCCCCCCUGAUGUGACUGGCAACUUGGACUAUAAGAACCUGGUGCACAUCAUCACCCACGGAGAAGAGAAGGACUAAGGAGGGGAUUGCCUUUGGGUGGGUGGAUGGGGGGCGUCCCUGCCCUCUCCUCACUUUGCCCAGUAAUGCCACCACCCCUGCCCCUGGCCUGUUGGCUGUGUGGCCACCUCAUUUAUCUACCUCCAUCUUCUUCGCAGCCUGGGUGCCUUAGAGAUACCACGUGGCCACACAGCCGGCAGAUGGAAAUCCAUCCAGAGGCCAUGUUCAAAUAAACAGGAGGUUGUGUA